AUGAAAUCGUUCAUUCCAGUACCUGAAGGUUCGGAUUUCCCAAUACAGAACCUUCCCUACGGAGUGUUCUCUACCAAAGACAAUGCUAAACAUCGUAUUGGAGUUGCUAUUGGCGAAUCUAUUCUGGAUCUCUCAGUUAUAGCUCAUCUCUUCGAUAGUUUAUCAUUGAAAGCCCAUCAGGAUGUCUUCAGACAGGAGACGUUGAAUGACUUCAUGGCUCUCCCUCGUGCUGCAUGGGUAGAAGCUCGAGCGACUAUUCAAAGACUACUCCGAGACGAUGUUCCAACACUGAAGGAGAAUCUUGAGCUAAGAGCUAAUGCGUUUGUCAGCCAGAAAGAUGCCACGAUGCAUCUCCCUGCUACCAUUGGUGAUUACACAGACUUCUACUCAUCCAUCUACCACGCCACUAAUGUCGGUAUAAUGUUCCGUGGCAAGGAGAAUGCUCUCAUGCCUAACUGGAAAUGGUUGCCAGUCGGCUAUCACGGACGGGCCUCCUCAGUUGUUCCCUCCGGUACACCAAUUCGACGCCCACGCGGACAAGUGAAACCCGAAGGAGCCGCUGAGCCGACCUAUGGCCCAUCUCGUCUUCUGGAUUUUGAGCUUGAGAUGGCGUUUUUCGUUGGUGGUCCAGCCACCAAACUUGGUCAGCCAAUUCCCAUCGAAGACACUGAAGAGCACAUCUUCGGUGUUGUACUGAUGAAUGAUUGGAGUGCUCGUGACAUCCAAGCUUGGGAAUACGUACCUCUUGGACCAUUCCUUGGAAAGUCAUUCGGUACCACCAUUUCACCAUGGAUAGUUACAAUUGAAGCCCUACGGCCGUACAUGGUCGAAAAUCCAAAUCAGGAUCCUGCCCCGUUGAGUUACUUGAAGCACUCGGACCCUUUCACACUGGAUAUCAAUCUCGAAGUGACGAUCAAGCCCGAUGGAGGUACCGAUCACUCUGUGUGUAAGACCAACUUCAAGCAUCUAUACUGGACUCUGAAACAACAAUUAGCUCAUCACACUGUAAACGGCUGUAAUGUUCGACCUGGUGAUUUGAUGGGAUCUGGAACCGUCUCCGGACCGGAAGAAGGAGCCUAUGGAUCGAUGCUAGAACUGUCGUGGCGAGGAGCAAAGACUGUUGCUGUCGGGGAUCAGACACGAAAAUUCCUACAGGAUGGUGACGAAGUUAACCUUAUUGGAUUUUGUGAAAAGGACGGCGUGCGCAUCGGAUUCGGCGAUUGUCGUGGAAAAGUUCUGCCAGCAUCGUGA